CCGCUCUUGGCCGAUAACCUACCUAUGAUUGGUUGGGCCUCGGUGACGGGCGUGCAGGGUCGCGUUGGAGGAGCGGCAGACUAAAGCUUCCGGAGCGGCGGUUUACGUAUCGUGGGCGGUUGAUCUGAAGGCUUGAGCAUGGCGGAAAGGGACACCUUGGUCUCAGUGGAUUAUGAAAUUUUUGGGAAGGUUCAAGGGGUGUUUUUCCGCAAGUACACUCAGGCUGAAGGUAAAAAGUUAGGUUUGGUGGGCUGGGUCCAGAACACGGAUCGGGGCACGGUGCAGGGACAACUGCAAGGUCCCCUCUCCAAGGUGCGUCCUAUGCAGCGAUGGCUGGAGACAAGAGGAAGCCCUAAAUCACACAUUGACAGAGCCAACUUCAACAAUGAGAAGACCAUCUCAAAGUUGGAUUAUGCAGAUUUCCAAAUUAUAAAAUAAUGACCCGAGUUUUAAUUCUUUUCAAAAAUAAUCUCAUUUUUAUUGAUAUAGAACUAUUCUGUGCUCAGUAUUAGAAUUUGUCAGUAAGUUACUUUAGCUGCCAAAGUUACCGUGAAUGACAUGUAUGAUGAAAUAUAAUUGUGUACAAUUCUGACCAAUAAAAACACAUUAGGACCUUA